AUGGGUGGACUUUUCUUCUUAUACGGUCAAGGUGGUUGUGAAAAAACAUUUUUAUGGUCAACUAUAUUAUGCUCAAUUAGGUCUAAAGGAGGUAUAGUUUUAAAUGUUGCUUCGAGUGAGAUUGCUGCACUUUUGUUGCCUAAUGGAAGAACUGCAAAUUCAAGGUUUAAAAUUCCUUUUGCCAUAAAUGAGGAUUCUUUGUGUAGCAUUAAACAGGGAAGUCCUCUUGCAAGAGACAUCUUAAGGUGCUCAGAUUCGUAUAAUGCUCAUUUGCCAUUUGGAGAUAAAGUUGUUGUUCUCGGAGGAGAUUUUAGACAAAUUUUACCUGUGAUUCCCAGAGGCUCAAGGCAAGAUAUAAUUCAGUCUUCUAUUAAUUCUUCAUAUUUGUGGCAUAACUAUAAGGUUUUGAAGCUUACAAAAAACAUGAGAUUGUCACUAGGUGAAAACAACAACAUACAAGAACUCAGAAAUUUUGCAGAAUGGCUACUCAAAAUUAGUGAUGGUUUGGCUGGUGAUACAACAGAUGGUGAAUCGAUCGUUCAUAUACCAUCUGACAUUUUGAUUAAGAACUCUGAGACAACUUUGGAUGACCUCAUUGAUUUCGUGUAUCCAAAUAUGUUAUCCAAUUUAUCCAUUGAAAAUUAUUUCAAGGAUAGAGCAAUUCUUGCACCAACUUUAGAUUUUUGUGUCACUGAUGUCAACAACAAGAUGACUGCAGGACUACCUGGACAAGAAAGAGUCUACUUAAGUUCAGACUCUGUGUGUGCUGAAGAGGGAAAUAUGGAAUUUGAGUUAGAUGCUUUCUCGCCAGAGAUUCUAAAUGGAAUAAAUUGUUCAGGUCUACCACCACACAAGUUGGUUCUGAAGAUUGGCGCUCCUGUUAUGUUGCUGCGGAAUAUAGACCAAACUAAUGCUUUGUGCAAUGGAACGAGGAUGCAAGUUAGAAGAAUGGAAAAUCAUGUGAUAGAAUGCAAGACUUUAACUGGUAACAAAGCUGGAAGUAUUGUUCUUAUCCCAAGACUGAAUCUAAUUCCAAAUAAUGAAACAUUGCCGGUCAGGCCAGUUUUCACCCAUGGUCAAUUGUAUGUUGCGUUAUCAAGGGUAACGAGUAAAGAUGGUCUGCGAGUGCUGUUGCAAGAUCAUGGACACUUGGAAGAUAACUGCACGAUGAAUGUGGUAUAUAGAGAAGUUUUUGAGAGCCUAUAA